AUGAUAAGUAUCAUAUAUUUACAAACCAAUGAUAUUGAAGGAAAUGGAGGUGUGGCACAUGUAAGUGAUCCCACAUAUCUAUCUAUCUAUCUAUCUAUCUAUCUAUCUAUCUAUCUAUCUAUCUAUCUCAGUCUGUUCAGAUCUAUCUAUCUCAGUCUGGUCAGAUCUAUCUAUCUAUCUAUCUAUCUAUCUAUCUAUCUAAAAGAGUUUUGUAUGAAUUUCUCUCAACUGAUUCGCAUCUAUCUAUCUAUCUAUCUAUCUAUCUAUCUAUCUAUCUAUCUAUCUAUCUUAGUCUAUUCAUAUCUGUCUGUCUGUCUAUCUAUCUCAGUCUCUUUAUAUCUUUCUAUCAGCUUUCUUUCCUUCUUUCUUUCUUUCUUUCUCUCUCUCUCUCUUUAUCUAUAUCUAUCUAUCUAUCUAUCUAUCUAUCUAUCUAUCUAUCUAUCUAUCUAUAUAUAUAUAUAUAUAUGCAUAUAUUUUGGACUUUCAGAAAAUAAUUUAUACGUACGGAGGAAUCUAUCUAUCUAUCUAUCUAUCUAUCUAUCUAUCUAUCUAUCUAUCUACUCAAACACAUAUACACACACAAAGACAUAUGUGUAUAUGUAUGUAUAUAUUCAUGUAUGA